AGAUUCCCAUGCUAGCACACCACCUGUAUUUAAUUUAGUAGCCUUAAGAGUGGGAAAGGAUGACUUUGAAAACUUUGUGAUUUCGUUUUUUUCUUGUUUGUCGUCUGCUAACCAAACAAUAACCAUCCUACUAUAUCCCUAUGGGUUAGCUGAACCAAACAUUGAAUAAAAAACAGAGAAACACAGACACCCCAUCAUGUCAAGCAUGAGUAAACCAAUAAUUCUUUUCUUGUAUUCUGUGUUUUCCAUUUUAUCAAUAAUCUCUGAUGCAGUAGAAUUAGACACCAUUACUACAACUCUCUCUCUUUCAGAUGGGCAAACCAUGGUCACUUCAGACGGAACAUUCGAAUUGGGAUUUUUCAGCCCCCUGGGCACCACUUCCACGAAUCGAUACUUGGGGAUUUGGUACAAGAAAAUAUCUAAUGGGACUGUGGUAUGGGUUGCCAACAGAGACACUCCACUUACUGAUACUUCAGGAGGAGGUGUCCUAAAGCUCACUGACGGAGGAGUUCUCGUGCUUGUCAAUAGUACAAACACCAUCUUCUGGUCUUCUUCAAAUUCAUCAUCAAACAGUAGCACACACAGCCCGGUUGCACAGCUUUUGGAUUCGGGUAAUCUUGUCGUCAAAGAUGCAAAUGAUGCUGCAAACGGUCAGAAUUUCCUAUGGCAGAGUUUUGAUUAUCCAUCUGACACUUUGUUACCGGGUAUGAAGCUUGGAAAGAACCUAGUAACCGGAAUUGAAAGGCGUCUGUGGUCAUGGAAGUCCGGUGAUGACCCUUCUAGAGGUGAUUAUACUUUUGGACUUGAUGUUAGUGGCUAUCCACAAUUAGUCCUCCUGAAAGGUUCCGUUGAGCAAUACCGCUCUGGACCAUGGAAUGGUCUCCGCUUUAGUGGCUCCGUGGGUUUAAAACCAAAUAGCAUCUACACAUUCCAUUUCGUUUUUGAUCAGAUUGAGGCGUAUUAUGGAUUUGAUCUUGUUAAUAGCUCGGUUUUCUCACGGCUGGUUAUGAAUCAGAAUGGAAUUGUACAGCGCUUCACGUGGAAUUAUAAUACAAAAAAUUGGAUUAUCUAUGUUAAUGCACCAGCAGAUAACUGUGAUGUUUAUGGGAUUUGUCAUGCCUAUGGUAGCUGCAGCAUUGCUAACUCCCCGGCAUGUGGGUGUCUCGAUAAAUUUGUGCCAAGGUCCCAAAAAGAUUGGGACAAAGCAGAUUGGUCAGGUGGGUGUGUUCGAAGAACGCUCUUGAAUUGCCACAAUGAAUCAUCAAAUGGAUUUCUCAAGUAUUCAGGUGUUAAAUUGCCUGACACGCGGUCUUCCUGGUUUAAUAGUAGCAUGACCCUCGAGGAAUGCAAGGCGGUAUGCUUGAAAAACUGUACUUGUAUGGCUUAUGCAAAUAUAAACGUAACAGCAGGAGGAAGUGGCUGCUUGCUCUGGUUUGAUGACCUGAUUGAUAUUAGGGAACUCCCUGAAAGUGGGCAAGAUAUUUACAUAAGAAUGGCCUCCUCUGAGUUAGUCUCCGAAGCUGGCUCCAAAUCCAAUAGGAAGAAGCGAACGAAAGUCAUAGUCGGCUUGGCAUUACUAGCAGGAGUGUUAAUGCUGGGCCUAACCUUGGCCUUGUAUGUUUGGAAGAAGAAGCAUAAACAGCGAAAGUUAAAGAGAGGAGAAAGAUCGGAAUACAGCUUGGAACAAGGUCGCACUAAUGAAAGCCACAAGGAAGAUCUAGAGUUGCCAAUGUUUGACUUAGCAACGAUAGCUAAUGCGACCAAUAACUUCUCAAUCAACAAUAAGCUUGGAGAGGGUGGAUUUGGACCCGUUUACAAGGGUAUUCUGGAAGAGGGAAAGGAAAUAGCAGUGAAGCGGUUGUCAAAAUAUUCCACACAAGGAAUUGAUGAGUUCAAGAAUGAAGUUAUCUGUAUAGAAAAGCUCCAGCAUCGAAAUCUUGUGAAGCUUCUAGGAUGCUGCUUUCAAGGAGAAGAAAAGAUGUUGAUCUAUGAAUACAUGCCUAACAAAAGCUUGGAUUUAUUUAUAUUUGAUCAAACCCAAGGCAAAUUACUGGAUUGGCCUAAGCGCUUUGACAUUAUCAAUGGGGUUGCUCGGGGACUUCUUUAUCUUCAUCAAGAUUCCCGACUGAGAAUCAUCCAUAGAGAUCUCAAAGCUAGCAAUAUUUUGCUAGAUGUUAACAUGAUCCCUAAAAUAUCAGACUUCGGUGUAGCGAGAAGUUUUGGAGAAAAUGAGACUGGAGCAACUACAAAAAGAGUGGUUGGAACACAUGGCUACAUGUCCCCGGAGUAUGCAGUAGAUGGAAUUUUCUCUGUAAAAUCAGAUAUAUUUAGCUUUGGAGUUUUGGUACUGGAGAUAGUGAGCGGAAAGAGGAACAGAGGUUUUUUUCAUCCUGAACACCACCUUAACCUUCUUGGCCAUUCAUGGAGACUUUUUAAGGAAGGCAGGUCCUUGGAACUGAUAGAUGCACCUCUAGGAGAAGACUCAUGCAGUUUGUCCCAAGUUCUACGAUCGAUCCAUGUUGCUCUAUUAUGUGUGCAACAAUCUCCAGAAGAUAGGCCAAACAUGUCAUCUGUGGUUCUGAUGCUGGGAAGUGAGGGUGCAUUACUUCAGCCUAAACAGCCUGGUUUUUACACCGAAAGAACUUUUCCUGAAAUGGAUUAUUAUUCGUCAAGCAGGCAGACACAGACAACAAGUUCAGUCAAUGAAAUCACCAUGACAGUAUUAGAGGCUCGAUAAAAAAAACACAAUGUUUUUGUGUUUUGUAUGUUCUUUAAUUUGUGAAAUUCAAAACAUUUUUGAUCCAUAAGGCCAUUUUAUCUUGGUUGAAUUGGGAUAUUACAUCAGAAAAUUUAUAAAAUAUUUCUAUUUCUGUAAGAGCAUUUCUAUUAUACUGCUACUAUGCUUUAUAUAAAUAUUAUACAGAUUUGGAGUGUGGGUUUAUUAUGCAUAA